UCCCUUCUCACCAAAAACCCAAACCCACACCAAACAACAAGAAGUAAAAGCGUGAUUUGGAUUACGCAGAUUACGCGCCGCCGUGUCGGUCGAUCGAUCGCAUUAUCCAAACCCGUCUGAAUCCUCCUAAGUUUAUGGGAUCACUGUUCCCGCCGCUGUUAAUUCCUCAUCUAAACCCUUUCCGUUGAGUCAUCGUCGUUCCCGUCGCCGGAUUUCUGAUUUUGUCCUCCUCCGCCGCGUCGCCGUCUCCUCCUCCGCCCGAUUGUCUUCCUCAGGGGGUAGCGGAAGUUUCGGAAUACGCAUGAGCUGUUUGGUGAAGCUGGGUUUCUCUAACUCCGACGAAAGAUCCGUUCCCUAUAAUUUUAAUUCCCGUACGAAAGGCCUCGCCAUCAAUUCAUUAAUCCUCAGAUUGUUAAGAUUGCUAUCGUUUCUCAACAUUAAUUUUAAUUUAAUUAAUUCGAAUCAUUCGUGCCGUCUCGAUUGCCGAUCAUCGUCGUUCAUUAACCAUGGAAUCACGAGACAAGAGUAAUAACAAUCGCCAGAUCCAAAGAGCUGUUUGCUAUUCAGUUGCUGAGAGGAGGCAUGAUUCUUCUCCAUCCGUCAUUGUUAUCGGUGCCGGCUUUGCAGGACUUGCAGCUGCCCGAGCUCUUUAUGAUGCUUCAUUUCAGGUUGUUGUGUUGGAAUCACGGGAUAGAAUUGGUGGCCGUGUUCACACAGAUUACUCAUUUGGUUUUCCUGUUGAUUUGGGAGCAUCAUGGUUACAUGGGGUCUGUGAUGAGAAUCCUCUGGCAUCUGUUAUUGGAAGACUAGGGCUACCCCUUUAUCGUACAAGUGGUGAUAACUCAGUUUUAUAUGACCAUGACUUGGAAAGCUAUGCACUCUUUGACAUGGAUGGGAACCAAGUUCCCCAGGAAUUGGUCUCAGAAAUUGGGGUAACCUUUGAGGAAAUUUUGAAAGAGACGGAUAAAUUAAGACAGGAAUUUACUGAAGACAUGUCUAUACAACGUGCAGUUUCUAUGGUGUUUGAGAGAAGGCCGGAUUUUAGGAUGGAUGGACUUCGUCAUAAGGUGUUGCAGUGGUAUCUGUGCAGAAUGGAAGGUUGGUUUGCUGCUGAUGCUGAUACCAUAUCACUGAAAUCUUGGGAUCAGGAAGUGUUGCUUCCAGGUGGUCAUGGUCUUAUGGUGCGAGGUUAUCGUCCAGUGAUAAAUACACUUGCAAAAGGUCUUGAUAUCCGUUUAGGUCAUAGAGUUAAGAAAGUUGUAAGGCGUUAUAAUGGCGUAAAGGUAACAGUUGAGGAUGGGAGAACCUUUGUAGCUGAUGCUGCAAUUAUUACUGUUCCUCUUGGUGUAUUGAAGUCAAAUCAAAUCAGUUUUGAACCCAGAUUACCUGAGUGGAAAGAAACUGCGAUUAAUGAUCUUGGCAUAGGAAUUGAGAACAAGAUUGUUCUGCACUUUGGAGAUGUUUUCUGGCCUAAUGUUGAGUUCUUGGGAAUUGUUGCUGAUAACACUUACAAAUGUAGCUACUUUCUCAAUCUGCACAAGGCUACAGGGCAUCCUGUCCUCGUUUAUAUGCCUGCAGGGCAACUGGCUCGUGAUAUUGAGAAAAUGACGGAUGAGGAUGCUGCUAUGUUAGCUUUCGGGGAACUCAAAAGAAUACUUCCCAAUGCAUCUGAGCCAGUUCAAUAUCUUGUUUCUCAUUGGGGAACGGAUAUAAACUCACUGGGCUCUUACAGCUACGAUUUAGUGGGAAAAUCCCAUGACCUGUUUGAGAGGCUUAGGGUCCCCGUGGAUAACCUGUUCUUCGCUGGAGAGGCUACAAGCUUAAAUUACACAGGGUCUGUACAUGGCGCGUAUUCUACUGGAUUAAUGGCUGCUGAAGAUUGCAGGAUGCGGGUACUGGAGCGUUAUGGAGAGUUGGAUCUGUUCCAUCCUGUCAUGGGCGAGGACACUCCCGUCUCUGUUCCCCUAUUAAUCUCCCGCAUGUAGAAGAAGAAGAUUGUAGCGUGCGUGGGUUUUGGCUAAACACAGAUUGCUGCUGUGGGCUUUGUGAAAAACUGCGAAAACCAGUAAAUGAUCAAAGCAUCAGUUGUUCGUGUGUAGUCAUCGUCCAUGGCGAGAUGCAUAUAGUAUGUGUGCAAGUAUGUGUUUAAAAUGUAUACAGUUUCGUGUCGUGUGUUAUGUGUAUGGACGAGAUAUUCUGGACUGCCUCUUGGCUAUUAUGAAACAUUGCUGAAUAAUAUAAAUCGUGUGGGUUUUAUCAUCAA